AUGGAAACGUUUGAAAAAGAUAAUGUUUCACCCGCAUCAGCUUUUGCCGAAUAUUCCACAUUAAAGAUCAAUGACGAGACUGACAAAUUCAGGUUUUCAGUUUCAGGAUAUAAUGGUGACUAUGCGGAUUCUUUGGCCUUUCAUUACAGUUGGAGAUUCUCUACGUUCGACAAUGACAAUGACGGAGAAGGUAGCGAAAAAUGUGCUGCUGAUCACAACGGUGCUUGUUGGCAAGAAGGCAGUUUAAAGACAAAAAGAAUACACAAGCAACCAGAGCCAAUUGACUGUAUGGAGCUUUAUCAACAAGGCUAUAGCGAGGACGGUAUAUAUGUGAUUAAACCAACCGGAAUUACUGCUACUGAUGUGUGGUGUGAUAUGACCAAUGGUGCAUGGACAGUUAUACAACGCCGGCAAGAUGGAUCUGAAGAUUUCUACAGAAAUUGGGAAGAUUAUAAAAAUGGAUUUGAAAACAGAGUUGGCGAGUAUUGGCUCGGGCUUGAAAAUAUUCAUCAUUUGACAAAAAGCAACAGUUCUCUUCACGUAUACAUGGAAACAUUCAAAAAUGACAAUAAGAAUCCGUUUUCUGCUUUUGCUGAAUACACCACCUUCAUGGUUAAUGACGAGAGUGAUAAAUACAGAUUGACGGUUGGGGGAUAUCACGGUUCGUGUGGUGAUUCCAUGUGGUAUCAUAAUAAUUGGCAAUUUACGACCAAAGACAGUGACAAUGACGACUGGGAUACAGGGAACUGUGCACAAUACUAUGGUGGAGCUUGGUGGUACAAAUCAUGUCAUAACGUGAAUCUAAAUGGGCUUUAUCUGAACGGGGCUAAUACCGAAUAUGGUCGUGGUAUUAACUGGGGUGGGUGCUGGGGGCUUACUUACUCUCUCAAGAAUGUUGUAAUGAAAAUAAGAAGAGAUAUGUAAUUUUUCUCUUAUAUUGAAUGUGUAAGAUGCUUAUAUUUUCCGUAAUAACACGGAUACGUUAAUAAACAGUUGAUUGAACCUUUAUGUUUUAUAUCACAAACAAUUUAUAUAAAUAUAAUAGUGACAUCACAAUUUUGGAAAACAGGCAUCCCUCGUGAGUAAUGAAAUCACAAAUUGUGUCAGAUCUUGUUUUUUAAAACAAUAUACUUGGUAUUAACUUAAAUCAAAUCAGCAAUACUAUAUUUCAUAGAUUUAAAUGAGCGUAUUUUUCUGUUUGUGAUUACAUUACAAUUUGAUCACUAGUUAUUUUAUAUUUCCAUAUUUAUAUUGAAAAAAAUAUUUUACUGUCUAUUUAGAUGUAGAUGGCUUUCAAAUAUUGUCUUUUUACAGUUCGUGUAACAGGCUUGAUAACCACUAAGAGUAAAGAUUUAUUUCACAUAUUAAUUGACCAUUUAAUGUUCAUAUGUUUUCCUUUUUUUUUUGGAACCAUAGACGACUUAUCACAUACAGAUAUGUAAGUUGCUAUUCGACAGUGUUAUAUAAACUGUUUGCUGGCCAACUUCCACGUUUUCUUCAUAUCCUCAAUAACAGCUCCAAACGCAUAAGUCGGACAAGAAUAUAAAUAACACAUGGGUUUGUGGGUAACAGUAAAAAUAUUAUCACGAGGAAAGUACUGUAAGUCCGAGACGUUACCCGUGGAAAACAGUAUUUUACGUGGAAUGAUAUUUUUACUGUUACUCAAAAACCCAUGUUUUGUUUAAAUUUUUACCCCGAACAAUAACUGUGAUGAUUUUUAUGAUGAUUUUUUUGUAUUUUAUUUAGAAAAUAGACAAUGUGACCAGAUUUCAUACUGUUAAAAAGACUGAUACCCUGUAACAGUACAAAUUUCAUAGUCACGUUGUGCGCUUGAAUUAACAGUUUAAAUUUCUCCCAGUGACCUAUGGGAAAUUAAUAUUAAACAAAAAGUGAAGGGAAAUAAUACUUUUUAUUAAGGGUUAGGUUAUGUCUCAUACAGAAAUAGUCUAUGUCUGCAUAAGUUUAACGAGUCUUUAGUCUUAAAAGAUAAGAAUCGUGAUUGUCCAUCGUAGUUCACAGCAAACUUUUAGUAAUAGACUUAUAAGAGAAUUGCUAAACUUAGAAUCAGUUACAAGCAAUACAUUUAAGUAAAGAACUUAAAAAUCGUUGUCUUCUGGUUUAGUUUAAUAAAUUAAAUAUGUUAUUGCAUGUAUACAUACAUAUACAUCAAUUCUUAUGUUUCAACAUAAUUACACAAUAAACAAAAGUGUUUGGCCAAAAGAUUUUGCAAAAUUGUUGUGGGCUCUUCCCAUCAGUUUCAUAAAGUAAAGAUAAUUAACAUAUAAAGUAAAUAUGCAUUAAGUAGCUAUGCAGUUUCAUUUUUAAAAAUGAGCAAUAUGAUUGUGGAGAAAAGA